GAUAGUGGAGGCUUUCAAAUGGUUUCUCUGUUAAAAUUGGCGAAGAUAACAGAACAAGGCGUAGAAUUUCAAUCACCACAUGAUGACGGAACAACAAUGUUACUCACCCCAGAGCAUUCUAUAUCUUUACAAAAUUCUAUCGGUGCUGAUAUUAUAAUGCAAUUAGAUGAUGUAGUAUCAUCAUUAGUAACUGGAAAAAGGGUUGAAGAAGCAAUGUAUAGAUCAAUAAGAUGGUUAGAUAGAUGUAUCAGUGCCCAUAAAAAACCAGAUAGCCAAAAUUUAUUUGCUAUUAUACAAGGCGGAUUGGAUGCUAAUUUACGAAAGAAAUGUGUCGAAGAAAUGGUAUUACGUGAUACACCCGGAUACGCGAUAGGUGGCUUAAGUGGUGGUGAAGAAAAAGAUACUUUUUGGAAAAUAUUCGGUAAUGCUCUAACAUCCAAGGGUUCAUUAAACCUAAAAUCAGCAAAAUUUUCCAAAGAUUUUCAACCUAUUGAAAAAGAUUGUGAUUGUGUUGCUUGUAAAUCAUAUACUCGGUCAUAUAUUCAUUUGCAAGCAACAAAGGAAACUGUUGGAUGUCACUUGGUCACUAUUCAUAAUAUUGCAUAUCAACUAAGAUUAAUGAGAAAUAUUAGGCAGGCUAUCAUAGAGGAUAAAUUUCCAUCGUUUGUAAAGCAAACCUUUAGAGAUUUAUUUGGUAGUGAAGAAAAAUAUCCCGUAUGGGCCGUUAAUGCUUUAAGGAGCGUUAACAUCGAUUUGUUAUCUGAAAAAUAA